AACUAAAUUAUGAACCCAAACCACAACGAAACAUACAUGUACCUCUUUACAUACAGUUUAUAAUACCAUAUUGAAACAUUAUCUUGAUUUUAAUCAAGUCAAGGGUGGAUAACUCACUUUUACCCGAACUUUGAGCACUCUACUUUUACUUCAUAAGUUCAUGUGACAGGGAACAGGAUGACGAGUGGUGUGAAAUAUUGUUGUGGUGGUUUUGGGUUAUUUCUGGGUGUAUUAGUUGUAAUAGUUGUUGUCAGAACAUUCACGUUUUCUGUAAGAACUGACCAAGUAGCAGAAUGUAAAAAUUCUGAUAGUGAUUUUAUAAAACUAAAUGAUCAGAUUUUGGAAAGAUUUAAAAAAGGAUUAAGAAUCCAAACAGUUUCAAGAGAUGUUGACGAUAUUAGUGAGCAGGCCUUGGUAGAUAUACAAAAUUUAAUUAAAAAAGAAUAUCCAAUAGUGCAUUCUUCUCCACUUGUGACAUUAGAUGUGGUGGGAAAUUACAGUUUACUUUACACCAUACAAGGUACCAAUACUAGUUUAAUACCAUAUCUACUUGCCAGCCAUCUUGAUGUUGUACCUGCUCAACAAGAAAACUGGGAUUAUCCCCCUUUUGGUGCGGAAACUCAUGAUGGAUUUAUCUAUGCUAGAGGAACUGUUGAUGUUAAACUUGGUGUUUUUGGAAUAUUGGAAUCUAUGGAGUAUCUACUGUCUAAUGGUUUUAAACCAAAAAGAACAAUAUAUAUAGGAUUUGGUCAUGAUGAAGAGAUUGGCGGAUCAGUUGGUGCAUUCAAUAUAGCAAAUAAACUAGAAGAGAAAGGUAUCAAUCAACUAGAAUAUAUUAUUGAUGAAGGGUUGAAUGUUUUAGAUGGUUUGGUUCCAGGACUGUCAAAACCAUCUGCACUUAUUGGUACAUCAGAAAAAGGUCAGGUUAUCUUAAGGUUAAAGGUGAAAGGCAAACCAGGUCAUUCCUCCAUGCCUCCAAAGGAAAGUGCUUUAAGCAUUUUGAUUCAAGCUGUUCAUAGGUUAGAAACUACACCACAUCCAAGUAUGUUUGGUUAUGGACCAGAAAAAGAUAUGUUUGAACAUAUAGCGUCAGAGUUAAGUCUACCGUACAGAAUGCUGAUGUCAAAUCUAUGGUUGUUUAGUCCCCUAAUUUCAAGGUUUCUAGCCAUGUCACCAUCAACAAAUGCCAUUGUAAGAACUGUUACAGCAGUUACCAUGUUCCAGUCUGGAGUAAAGGACAAUAUAAUACCAGAAGAUGCUGUAGCUAUUGUUAAUCAUAGAAUUCAUCCUGCACAAUCAAUACAACAGGUUAUAGAUUAUGAUCGUUAUAUUAUCAAUGAUGAUCGAGUUACAUUUGAAAUAAAAAAUUCCAUGGAACCACUACCUAUAUCGCCCUGUGAUGAUAAUAACCUUGGUUACCAGAUGAUUAAAAAUAGUAUCAGACAAGUUUGGACAAAUUCAGUGGUGGCACCAGGUGUGAUGAUUGGUAAUACAGAUACAAAACACUAUAUCCAUCUCUCUAAUAACAUCUAUAGAUUUACACCAUCAUAUAUGUACCCAGAAGAUUUACCACGAUUUCAUGGUAAUAACGAACGUAUAUCCUUACUAAAUUACCAACAAGCUAUUAACUUUUAUUAUCAUUUGAUUAAAAAUACUGAUGCUGGUCUGUCACCAUCUCAUAAACACAGUGUCGAACUAUAAAGGCUUGAUGCAUCAAUUGCAUUUUCUCGAACAUUUCAAAUGUCUUGUGGCUUAAUCCAAACUAAAUAUGUACUCAGUUUAUUUAACAUGGAAUUAAGAAAACAAAAUCAAAAUAUCAACACUCAAUAAUCUCCGACUUGAAUAUUUCUAAGAUUGAUCAGUUGUAAAUCUGGCCAAAUUAAAAUUAGAUAAUUUCAUUAUGUUUAUAGGUAUUUUAUAUUAAGUUAUCAGAACUAUUAAAAUCAAAAUGAAAUAAGUGAUCUAAUUUUAAUGAGACUGGUUAAUAAAUGAUUUUAUUUUAUUGGGAGACAUCUGAAUUAAUGGAUGUAGAUAAUUAUUAUAUCAUCAUCAUGAUGUACUCAAUACUAACUCAGUUCUAUGAAAUACCACCACAUACUACCUCAUUAUUGUGAAAAAUGAAAUAAUAUUUCAAUUGUAUUAAUUACAAUAAGUCUACUUUGCAGAAAAAUUGAGGGGUUAGAUGGCCGAAUGGUUAGCAUGUGCACGUUGACUCAUCGAGUCAGCUGGCAUGGUUUCGAUUCCCUAGUUGUACAUGACAAGCAGUAGGGUCACCUGUCCAACCUCCCGGGUAUUCCGGUUUCCUCACACUGGUACAGACAGACCCCUAUGCUCAACUGAAUUAUUGAAAUAAAAUUGAAUCAUAUGUUAGUCCUGAAAUGACCUGGUUUGUGUCGAGUGGAUGUUAAAUCCCAUUUCUCUCUCUUGCGCAAAAAAAAAUUAAAAAGUGCAUGGGAAAUGUGAUGAUUGAUGUGUCACCAUUCCAGUUAUCUCCAUUGAUCACACAAUACUAACAAAUAUUAACUGAACACAAUUUCAUUGUUAUAAAAUAAUAACCCAAUGACCAAUACUAGUAAACAAUAUAUAUAUUAUGUUAUAGAUAUAUUCUUAUUAUUUUCAUGCAUGAAUACCCAUCUAGAAUAUGUAAUAUAAAAAAAUAAUAUUAAGAUUAAUUACUGUUCAUGAAGCUUUUAUUAGAUAGCUACAAAAUGUUGCAGGUUUCCUGAAAACAGGGUAUAUUUGGUUGUGAUCUGUGUUGACCAACAUCAAAUCCAUUUAGUUGAUCAUCACAGACCGCUUGUAUUUGAAAUAAUUUUAUGGUACAAUAAAUUAACCUAAAACCAUAUAGUGUAUGUACAAUCUUUUAUUACACAAUGUACAAUUAUAGUCUAUACAUGAGUCUAUUGUUGUGAUCAAAGAUAGCAGGGACUUUUUUUUAUAAAUCCACUUAAAACACGUGAUAUACAGUAUUAAUAUAUUCAGGAUUUCAUAUUGAUUUUAUAUCGUUGUAUGUAUAAUUUACUGUUCAUUCUUUAUGUUGCCUUGUAAUUAAUUUAUUGUACAAGUUUAUAUCUUAAUCAUUCUACAAUUUCAAUACCUUAUAAUAUAAUUUAUUGUUUAUUUUAUAGUUAACUUAAAAUUUAUUUUAAAUCUGUAUUUAACUAAUAAGUGGUUUGUUUUCAUUGAGUGUCAUAUACCGGUAUAUAUAUAUAUACAAUGAGAAUGACUUAAAUAUCCAUAGCAUGGUUGUGUACGAGGUUAGUGUGUUAUAAUUUGUGAUAUGUUUGCAUUUGAUAAAACACACAGUAUUUUAUUAUCAAAAAAAGAUUUAUGAUGUAUUUUAUUACAAUAAUAAUGAUUAUAUAAAUAAACCUAUUUACAAAUAAAUGCAUGCUAAUGUCAUUAAACAUUUUUUUUAAUUUUUUUUUUUAUACUGUACUUAAAAUAAUUUUUCAUUAAUUUUAGAUAAUUAAAACAAGCCAACAGUGAGGCUGAUGUCCCCCGCCGAAAUCCCAAAAUAAAUAGAUGACA